UUGGGGUGUCCCCCCGUUUCUGGGGUGCCCCCCGUUUUUGGGGUGCCCCCCGUUUUUGGGGUGUCCCCCCGUUUCUGGGGGCCAUGGCGUGGGCGCUGAAGCUGCCGCUGGCGGACGAGGUGAUCGAGUCGGGGCUGGUGCAGGACUUCGACGCCAGCCUGUCGGGCAUCGGGCAGGAGCUGGGGGCAGGAGCCUACAGCAUGAGUGACGUCCUGGCCCUGCCCAUCUUCAAGCAGGAGGAGUCCAGUUUACCUGCCGAGAGCACGGACAAGGUGCUGCCCUUCCAGUACGUUCUGUGCGCGGCCACCUCACCUGCCGUGAAGCUGCACGACGAGACCCUCACCUACCUGAACCAAGGUCAGUCCUACGAGAUCCGGAUGUUGGACAACAGGAAACUCGGGGAACUGCCGGAGAUCAACGGGAAGCUGGUCAAGAGCAUUUUCCGGGUGGUUUUCCACGACCGGCGCCUCCAGUACACGGAGCACCAGCAGCUCGAGGGCUGGAGGUGGAACCGCCCCGGGGACAGGAUCCUCGACAUCGACAUCCCGAUGUCCGUGGGCAUCAUCGACCCCCGCGCCAACCCCACCCAGCUCAACACCGUCGAGUUCCUGUGGGACCCCGCCAAGAGGACGUCGGUCUUCAUACAGGUGCACUGCAUCAGCACGGAGUUCACGCUGCGCAAGCACGGGGGCGAGAAGGGGGUCCCGUUCCGGGUGCAGAUCGACACCUUCCGGCAGGGCGACGGCGGCGACUACAGCGAACACCUGCACUCGGCCAGCUGCCAGAUCAAGGUCUUCAAGCCCAAAGGUGCCGACCGGAAGCAGAAGACGGAUCGGGAGAAGAUGGAGAAGCGAACGGCCCACGAGAAGGAGAAAUACCAACCGUCCUACGAGACCACCAUCCUCACCGAGUGCUCCCCCUGGCCGGACGUUCCGUACGUUCCCAGCGCUCCGUCCCCGGGAUUCAACAACUCCCACGGCACCUUCCGCCUGGGGGACGGGGGGUCCCCGAGCCACCAGGCCGAGCCACCCCCGCCCCUGAGUGACACCCUGCUGCCCACCUGGACGCCGCAGGAGGCCCAGCAGUGGCUGCACCGGCAGCGCUUCGGCCCCUUCGCGCGGCUCUUCCGCAACUUCUCAGGGGCCGACCUGCUGAAGCUGAGCAGGGACGACGUGAUCCAGAUCUGCGGCCCCGCCGACGGGAUCCGGCUCUUCAACGCCCUCAAGGGCAGGCAGGUGCGGCCCCGGCUGACUCUCUACGUGUGCCAGGAGUCGGCUCAGGGGAGGGACCCCCGGCAGGGGAGGGACCCCCGGACAGAGCCCGAGGAGGGGGACGGAGCCGGAACCUUCUUCGUGUACCACGCGCUGUACCUGGAGGAGCUGACGGCGGCCGAGCUCUCGGAGAAGUUGGCUCACUUGUUCCGCGUCUCCGCCCACCAGAUCCAGCAGAUCCACAAACAGGGACCCACCGGGAUCCACGUCCUGGUCAGCGACGAGAUGCUCCAGAACCUUCCGGACGAGUCCUGCUUCCUGCUGGACACCCUCAAAGCCGAGAGCAGCGACAGCUACCACGUCAUCCUGAAAUAGGGCAGGUGAGGGUACCUGGGACACC